AUGAUGAUCGAUAUUUGUGUUCCGUAUGAGGAUUUCGAGUAUAAUGCAGUGGGACAUUACCGCGGCUACUUCGUCAUAGUGGAACACAUUCUUCUAAUCUACCUUACUGUUUUAUACCUCCGCAUGCGGUCCAAUAAGACACCGACUGAAAUGUAUAUUAGGAAUCUGUUGCUAAUAACCUGGCCAAUCCUCCCAAUCAGAUUGAUCAAGUCGGUGUUCACCGCCUAUUUUCCAAUGGAAGCGUCUCAAAGUUACUUCCUGUGCUACUUGCUGCGAAUAGAAACCACACUACAGUACACAUUCACACUUGCUCAUCUUUUAAUGUUGUCCUAUUUUGCACGUCAAGUAUCAAAACAUCGAAGUGUCAGUUUUGAGGUCACUGGGAGAAUGAGAAACACCCUCCACUUCUUCAACAUCUUCUCCUUGACCAGUUCAAUUUUCCUUGUGAAUCUUCAAUUUUCUCAUGGCAUCGUCAAAAUCUUCAGCUGCAUUUAUGCCCUUCCAUCUGUGUUUUUCUUGCCUUUUUAUUUGGUUCAACAUUUGGUGGCGUUGAUAAAAAGCACCUGCAAGCGAUUCAUGAGACGAAAGGAUGGCGAUGAGAACCAUUUCAGCUACUUUUGGUUCUACAUUCUUCAGUUUCUGAUUACUGUAGCACAUAUUUAUCAAUUUUGUGCCAUCCAAACCUUUCUGAUCCCUGCAAUCUUCCCUCAAUUCGCUGGUGACUAUCUUAUCACAUUUCGUUAUGUCACUGGCGUCCUUUCGGUUCGUUUCAUGGUGUCCAUCAUUUUCGCGACAGGACCCUUACUGUUCAUCCCACCGAUACGGUAUCAAAUAUUCCGACCGAUCCUCAAAAUGAAAGCAGAUCGAGUUGCUGCGGCGGCAACGAAUGAUGUUCGAAGUGCUGAUCAGAUUCAAGUCACUUUUGUGAAUUAA